UGGCAUCACACAAAUUUUUGAAAGAAUUUCUAAAAUAUACCAUGAUGCUGAGCAUAACAAACGUAUUUGCGGCGCAAUCUUUGACAGAGUAUCUGCCGUAGAAGUAACAAUUCGCUCCUUAAAGUUUCGGUGGGAAGAACAUAAGGAAUCUUUUACUCAAAAGAAUUAUACAGUUUUGCAGAAGAUUUUGCAUAAUAUUCAAAAGUUAGAAAAUUUUGUGAAUGAUGUCACACAGUCGAAAGGAAUAAAAUAUAUUCAGGUAGAAUCAAUCGAAUCAAUGUUUUAUGACUUGACUAAAGAAUUUGAUAGGUAUAUAGAUGAGCUAGAUCUGGUUAUCUUAGUCGAUGUUGAACGCCGUAGACGAGAUAAACAAAUCUUAAAAAAAGAUUUCGAGGACCUUAAUAAAUAUCUUGAAAGUAUGCAUAUAAGCAAGCAAAAUACAAGUUCCUGCGUAGUUUUGGCGAAUAAACUUAGUCG